AUGAAGAAAGUCACCACCUUCCUUUUCGCCGCCCUCCUCCCCGCCACAGCCCUCUCCCAAUCCUGCGGCUCCGGCAACCCCGACAUCCGCGUCACCUCCUCUGGCAACAACUUCGUCGCGACCCGCUCCAACGGUGCCCAAGUCUACUCCGGCUCCGACUACCGGCAAGCAAUCCAGUCCGCUUUAGACUCCAUCUCAUAUGGUCAGCGUGUGGUCGUCACCGCGUCCGGCUCAAUCGGCGCAAGCACAAUUACAAUCUCCUCCGGCAAGACGCUCGAGGUCUGCGGGACCAUCAACGUGGGGUACCGUGCCGGGAGGGGCGCGAUCGAGAGCACCAAUACCAAUGAUGUGUCGAUUCCGUAUCUGACUAUGACGGGAAACCCGUACUUCGGUCUUCGCUUCAGCGGCACACGGAAUCUCAAGCUAGGCAAAAUCACCAUGAACCUUAGCGGGGGGCUAGGAAUCCGGUUUGACCGUGACGCAGCGCAAAACUAUAACGUCCUCAUGGACGAGAUCAGAGUCACUGGUGCAGGUAGCCACGCCGUGGAGACGUGGAAUAUCGACGGGCUGCAGGUUGGCAGCGUCAUCGCUCGCAACGUGGGGGAGUGCGGCUUGCUGCUGCAGAAGACGACAAAUGCGAGGGUUGGUCUGGUGGAUGGUGAGAAUGUCGCGACUGGAAAUGGGUAUGCCACGUUUAGAAUGGCGAAUGAGAAUGGUAAACUGUCGAAUGGGCAAUACACGACCAACGUCUAUGUCGAUCGCGUUGUUUCCCGCGGCGGUGGCCGGGGUAUUUUCUGCGUGUCGCAGAGCGGUGGUGCUGAAAUUAACAACGUGGAUCUGGCGAAUAACGGGAAUAAUGCCAUCUUGAUUGAGAACUGCUAUAAUGUUAAGAUCAAGAGCGGGACGGUUAAUGGCGGUGGUGAGGUGCGGCUGGCGGCGAGGUCGGAGUUUGCGAAUAAUAGGGAUAUCUCGCUCACACUGACGGUGAAUAACAACUCGGUGCGGGAGCAGCCUUGCGGGACGAAUAUUCAGUGGAAUAUCUCGGGGAAUGCGAAGAAGACCAUUUGUUAA